CUCUCUCUCUGUGCACAUUACAGGAAGAUUUAAGAGAUGGGUGCAGGGCGUGAAGUUACAAUAUCUCUUGAUGGAGUCAGGGACAAGAACGUAAUGCAGCUCAAGAAGCUUAACACCGCUCUCUUUCCUGUUCGAUACCAACGGGACAAGUACUAUGCUGAUGCUCUUGCCUCUGGCGAAUUUACCAAACUAGCAUAUUAUAGCGACAUCUGCGUUGGUUCAAUUGCAUGCCGGCUGGAGAAGAAGGAAGGUGGGAACAUUUGUGUUUACAUCAUGACAUUGGGUGUUUUAGCACCAUAUCGUGGGCUAGGCAUUGGUACAAAGCUAUUGAACCAUGUUCUUGAUCUCUGUUCCAAGCAAAAUAUAUUGGAGGUUUACUUGCAUGUGCAGACGAACAAUGAAGAAGCUAUCAACUUCUAUAAGAAAUUUGGGUUUGAAAUCACAGACACCAUCCAGAACUAUUAUACAAACAUUACCCCACCAGACUGCUAUGUUCUUACAAAGUUCAUUACUCAACCUCAAGCAAAGAAAUAACAGUCAAAAGCAGUUAACAGUGUGCAAGUCCUGGUUUAUUGUUGUCAUAUUUAAACUUUACCUUGCACCAAUUAUACUCGGAGUUUUAGUAUCACAUUGUUGAGGUUAUACGAAUGCUAGAAUGCGUAGAUGAGUUGAAUUAUUUUACAGUUUGUCUACUGUUUUUGAUGCACAAAAAUUUUGUUAUUGAUUGGAUCAGUUAUAAACUAUUGAAGUUUAGUCCGGAGACUGGAUAAGAGUUUUGUGUAA